AUGAAACGAACACGGUAUUUACAGCGAAUUUUAUCGUCUCACUCGGAUCCUGCGACUAUGGGAAAGCUCGUGGCGUGUCUUGUUCGUAGCAACAAAUUUUCGGAGGUAGAACGUUUACUGCAGUGUCUUCCCAGCACUAAAGAAUAUAACAACAACGAAGACAUCACAAGAGCUAGAAUUGCUGUUGCGUGGCACAAAAAAGACGUAGGAAAAGUUUUCAAACUUAUUGAGGUGAACUCUUAAAUGAUAUCGUCAUUUUCAAACCAGUUCCCUCGAAGUUUAGAUGACAUGACUUGAUAAUGUUGCAGUUAUUCGAACGGUUUGUUCGUGUCAUACGCAAUGUACAAACUAUUGUUCAUUUCUGUUUUUUUUUUCCGCCGAACUAGGAGGGAAGUUUUUCCAACGGAGAAGAUCUUAUCGAGAUAUGGGAUCAAGCGCAUUUUUAUGAAAGUAAAUGUCAUACUCCAGUGCAAAGAUAUCGCCUUCGACAAAGGUUUGUUAGACACAUUUUGUUGAUAUCACACGCCGCUUGAUAUACCAUUGAGUUUCGAAUCAAUUCUUGUUCACAGUGAUGUUGUACGUGCAGUUAAGAAUGUUGUGAAAGUUCUUUUUAGUACACUUUGAAAUGGAUGACUUUUAGUAGAGGUGUUUUGUAAAUAACGUUGCUUAUGUCAAUACACUAUGCUUGAUGAAAAGGGAUCGGCCGUAAUACGUGCUUUUGAAAGCAGUGUAAGUUUGAUUUUUUUUGCUGCUAAAUAUGGAUCUAUCAUUCGCUUACAUUCAAUCACAAUUCCACGAAAAAAAGUUCUUGGCUUAGUAAGAAGUGAGUGAUAGUUUUUGGAAAAUCUGUUUAUAUUUAUAGUCUGAUUAUAGAAUAGUGUUGGAUUUAAGCGCUGAUAAGUGAUACGCAGCUAGACGUUUUUACAGCUGGUUCUAUAAUGGCAACACAUUCUUUCAAUCCGUUUUCGUCCUUCCUCUGUUACGCUUUUCUUUAAAGAGGGCAAAUAUUAGUACACAGGAAUUGCAGAUUUCAUUAUUAUAAAAUAAGGCAAGAUAAAAUCAAAUGAUUGAACCGACUUUUAUUAAAGUGCCGUCAAUUGCUCACACCUGAUUCUGCAUACGCAAAAGGUAAAAUUAUUUUACAUCUCUUCAUAAUUAAUUCGAAAGUAGAUUGAUACACUGCAGAUUAGAUAUUCCUCGAUUUUAAGUGUAUUCAUUCUUAAAACCCGUGUUGUAGUUGCGGAUCGUCACUCAUCUUGGUGCGCGGAGGUUCUUUUUGUCCUUUGAAAAUAUUUUUUCUGAUCUUUUCUGCUGGUAAAAUGUGUCAUAACAGUUUUCUCUCAACUUUCAAAGGGCCUUUUGAAUCUGUAGGGUUUUUACUGUGGGAACUUUAUGUACUUACAGUUCACGCCAUUUUGUCCUCCGUUAAUUUCAUAGACAAUCAAAGGCAAUACACUCCUUUUCCCCUUUUUUAUCAGAAUGUCCAUUUUUCGAGUUGAGCGCCCUGGACCGUUCUCAUUUUCUGGGCAGUUUCAGCCUGACAAUGUUCAUAAGGAUGUUCUUAAAUUUCAAUAACGAAAAUCUGAUAACUUUAAAGCUCGAUAUAGCCAUGAUAAGACAAUGAUUACAGUUUUACAUGAAUGAAUAAUUUUACAAGUACAUUGUAAAUGUAUUAUAUUGACCAUACACGAUAGGAAUGUGUUGAAAGAACGAAAUUUUACAUGCAUUCUGAUUCCAUGUAAGACAUUACGUAAACCAGAUUUUCAGGAGUUAGGAGAGUAAAAGCAGUGAUAAAAUAAAUUGCUCGCCUCUGAGCGUUUGGUAUGUUCUUAGCAUGUUCUUAAUAUUUUGGCAAAUUUCAGGCCGAACUUUCUUGUAAAAAAGGUUCUUUAUAAAAAAAAAGUUAAAGAGUGUAUGCCUUAAAGUGAAUCCCGCGAUAUAGAGGUGUCAUGCUUACUAGCGUGUCUUCCAAGGCCUUCUGGUUCAGAGCGAAUGGCAGGGAGACCGGCUCGGACCACGUGACUCGAAACGCAGAGGCCGCGCGGCUGGGCAAGAGCCAUACGUCAACUUCUCAAGGGCUUUUAAUUUUGCAAACUUUUAUUAUUUUUUAGUCAGCCAGUCAGAAAGCAAGACAUUAAUAGACCUAGAAAUGAUUAGAAAAAUUGUCCAACAUGUUAAACCCCCUAAAAAUACAGCCCUUGUACAGCCGCCGCCUCCUCCCCCAUUAGGAGGGGAGGGGCGGCUGUAAGAUCCUAAAAAUAGCAUGUGACCUUAUCUUAAUGAGAUUCUACCACAUUUUGUUCGUGGCGACAUGGGAGUUGAAGUAUUGGUCCGCAAGAUUAUGAGAUUCCAGGAGACCUAACCGGUUCUUACUAUACUGCUUUCGAUGCUGGUGUGUAUUUGAGUUUGUUAUACACGUAUAAGUUGAUAGAGUCACAAGAUUUGCGAGAGCCUUCAAAUUUUCCAUUCAAAUGAUCGCUGGGAGAAGCAUUGGACCCAGAUCUGUGUACUGAAUUUAGUAUAUUCUGUGUUGGGUUGUGCUUUUAACAGGCUCAAACUUUCAGACGUCUGGGUUGAAUUUAGUAUAUUCUGUGUUCGUUCCUCAGACGUCUCAGGUUAACCAUCAGUGCUCUUGAUGGCGACCACCCUCACUUAGGCCAUCCCAAUAAAAUGUUACGGUUUCCCAUCGCCCGACCGACCCAUUUUUUUCAAAAAGUAAAAAAAAAAAUUCUAGAUACAUUAGUCAAAGAAGCAAGUACUUUAAUUUACAAGCACACGAUCCUGUUUUAACAACAAUUGGUAUGAUGAGAUGUCAUCGAUAAUUAAAAUCGAUACGUUUUUCAAAGGCUGUUUAGACAUUUGAUAGUCGUUUUAAUAUACAUCUUUUAGCAUCUGAUUAUAUAUCUUACAGAUUAAACGUGAGGUAAGUGUUCAUUCUUUUUUUUUUUCCCGACCGACCGACCUACCGACCCACAAUCACAAGAGACGGGGCGAUGGGAAACGACACAGUUUAUAAGGAUGGCGUUAUGAAAAAGCAGGGGACUGCAAACAGUUUUAAAGAAAAGAAAAAAAUUUCUUUUACACCAAUGAAACACUUGCUUCACAGUCUGUAUUGUGCAUCAUCACUGUCUUCGAUCCUUCUUAGAAACGUGCCUCCCCAAAGCAUCUGCCCAUCUGGUGUUCGUAAAAAAAGAGGAAUACCCAGAUAUAUCAGCCAAGGAUUGCAGGCAUGGUUCAGAGAUCACGGCCCAUACCCAAACCACGCUGAAAAAGAGAUGCUGUCAAAGAAAUACGGCAUCACUCUUGGCCAGGUAACAAUGUUAUAUGGAGGCAGUAUUGAAAAUCCCCAUCUUGAAUGCUUUGAUUCACUUUGAAAUUUAGUUGAAAGUACACUUGUAAGUUCAGCUAAGGACUCUCUUUUAUGUGGCACUUGGAGAGCGGAAAAUAGUAGCAGCCAUUUCAAUUUUAAAGGCAUGUAUACAGUUAACAUUGGCUUAAUGGACAACUCAGUAAAACGUUCCCAUUCUUAUCUUCCCACUUCUUUUGUUAUUUUACCGUAGCUAAAGAACUGGUUUGCGAACUCCCGAAGACGUCUGCGAAAAGAAGAACCU